CCCCCUCCUGUCCUCUCUCCCUGGCUUUUCCCUUUGCCCUGGCAACGUGCUGCCUCCCCCAGCAUCGUCCUCCCACCCCACCCCCAUCGACUCCAACCCAUUUCUCCAGGGCUGGGCCCCAUGUCCCUGUCACCCCACGGCCCCCUCCCAGCCCAGUGUGUGAGUCCCUCAUUUCCACUCUCUGCUCCCCUCAACCUGCCUGGUUCCCCUUUUCAGCCCCCAUGGGGCCCUCCAACCCACCCCACCCGUCCUCUCUGGGGUCUCUAAAUCCCCAUUCCCACAGUGCACCUUGGUAACCCUACCCUCCUCUCCCCAAUCCCCCUAGUCCCUUACCUUGGGUCCUCCUGGACACCCCAACCCCACAGGCCAGACCCCCACAUAUAUCCCAGUCACUCAUUCACACACUGAGCCAGUCCCUCGGGGCCCCACUACCCACCAAACUUCUCCAUCCGUGAGCCCGGGGAAGUGGGGGCAAGGUCCCAGUUUGGCUGGGCUUGGUGUGGGUUUGUGCUGGGCUCACAAAGGGGUUUUGCUCCCUUGGGGUGGGGUGUAGUUUUUGGCCAAAGGUGACAUGGUUUGGUAGUCCUGUGGAUGCCAUGUGGUGUCUGGAAUGGGGCGUGUGUGUUCCCAUGAUGCCCCUUCCCUUCUGCCUGCAGAGCCGGGGAAAGAUAGGUCUGAGGAGCAGAGCAAGAGUUCUGGAAAGGAGAAGAGCAAUAUGAAGAUGGAGUCUAAGAGGAGACCAGGAGUCACACUCUGCCCUUGUCUCUUUGACGCAGAGACCCCCACGGACCAGUCAGAGAAGAAGGACCUUGCCUCUGAGGAGAAGGCAGAGGAGGAUGAAGACCCAGACACAGAAGGAGAGGAAGAAGAGGAAGACCUAGAGACAGAGAAGAAGAAGUAGGAAGAGCAAGUCCUGAUCACAGAAAAAGAGGAGGAGGAGGUGG